AUGAGCGUGGACGCCAGCCAGGACGGUGGCGAGUGAGUUGUGAGGUGGAGCCUGCGCACAGUUUGUGGUUAAGACGCACGCGGAAAAAACGAAACGGGAUGGAGUUUGGAUUGAUUGAAAUGGUAAAAUCUGAAUUUCCAUAUCUGGGAAAGCAAACACAGAGCGGCAUGUUGUCAGUCUUCUGUCAGCUGUCCAAACACAGACUCACGCAUGCAUACAACUCACAGGAAGAAUGUUGUCUCUCAUAUAAGACUGGGUUUUGUAACCUCAAAAAAGAGCCUUUUUUUCCUUUUCCCUGCAUAUUUGAAGCAUUUGAUGAUAAGAGGUUGAAUCACAUUGGAUUUACACCAAAUAACACGUGAUGCAAUGUCUCAAACCUGGCUUGUAACCGCAACGCAAAAACCAGCAACACUCUUAUCAAACCUCACCAAAGCUGCUUCUCCUGCCUCAGAAAAAAAAAAAAAAACAUUUCCCACAAGCCCACCCUACAUCCCUCGCCCAUCAUUUACAUGAGGACAAUUACAAAUGAGCACAAUGUAGAGAGCAGGAGCUUGGCAGUGUAGUUCAUUUGCCAAGACGGGGGCAGCCACUUAGCACAGGUGAGGUGGGGCGGCUACAGUCCUGCAGCUCCUUGCUUGGAAAAUGGGUCAAAAGAGAAGAAAAAGGAAUCGCAAGAGCAAUAGCACAGACUAGUGGAAAAUGUGCAAAAUGACUGGUGUCAAAUCUAACAUCAGUGUUGUAGAUUUGAAGGUCUGUUUGAGGAAUCUAACAGAGGUGAUUCCAGCAAUCUCCUAAAGGGAAAAACCCCUUUGAUGCAUGGUCAGAGCAUUUAAAGGGCACCAUCAUGACCGCUCACCCCAACAAGAACAACCUCCGCAUUGAUACUCGAGCCACAUGACUCUUCCUCUCCUGCCAAAGAAAUUAAUCCAACACAAAGAGGGGGAAGGUGGAGCAGACGCUCGUGCUGAGAAAAAAUUUGCAUGACCCAAAAAUGCCCUGUUUGUGCCCCGACUCCAUAAAUCAAAGCGAGGGUAAGAAUCCCCCUGACGCUCCCAUUCUUUGUCCUCAAAGGUGAUAAAUUGAUCCAGAGCCGGCUAAUAAGCAGAGGCACAGGGGCGGCCAGAACUUCCCAAAGAUUUAUGCUGCGACAAGUGGAUUUAUAGAAGAGCUAUGCGCAGAACAAAAUCUAUUUACUUCGUUCGUUCGGAUGGUACUCAUGAGAUUUGAGAUUUGAGGGAGUCCUUAGGGAAACCUGGGGUAGGCCUAUCAGGACAAUAGAAAUAGAGUAUCUGUCAUGGAGGCAAUGAAUGUGAUGGAAUUACCUUCUCUUGAUUGAUGUACAUGUGUUUCCAAUUACAAAAGAUCUCAAUCCAUGGGCCCACCGCCUUUAGCUGGGUCACAAUUCAAUACAGCUUUGGAGUUGAUUUGGUUCCCUGACUUUGCCCCCCUUUCAUUAAAUCUGAUCUAAUAACAGAGCUGGUUGCUAGAAUCAAUAUGACGGACACUUUUUUGAGGUUUGUCAGCAAGUCUCAGCCAAGACUGUGGAAGAUAAUCUCUGCCAGGCGUAUGAAGAACCUUUUAAAGUAACUCAACCAGUCAUCUUAAUGACACGAGGUGAUACGCUGACAGGAAAAGCGCUCUUUAAAAAACAUGAUCAAUGCUAUCGUUUGCUCCAAAGCUGACUGGAAACAGACACAACAUACAGCGGCGUAGAGUUUCCAAAUAGUGCAUCUGCGUCUCUUUCCUUUCUCCGCUUCUACUCUUAAUGUGUUUUUCAGCUUCCCCUCUUUCCUUUCCGCAUCCUCCUAUUUCACUCUCAGUUUCAUCAUCCCAUCUCAACCUUCACCUUUUUACCCUCUUUGUGCCUCAUUCGCCACUUUCCGUCAUCUCUACCUCCUCUUGCUUUCACACCCUGACAGAAUGCUUAUCCUGUUGUGUUGAUGAGAUAUUUGAACGAUUAACAUCAUGCGUGCUGAGCAGAUUAUGAUAGCCUUUCGGGAGCAGCCGUUUGGGCAUGAUGGAAAGUUUCCAGCGUGAUAGAAAACUCAGCUGAUAAGUAGGUUUAGAUUGCCAACAAGGGAAAGACAACGUAUGAAAGUCUGAACUCACCGAUUCGUCAAUGACAACAGCAGAGGUCUUCAACUUUCUUUGUUUCUAAAAGAAAAAGGACAGGAAAAUUAAGUUUGGGAUUUGUGUUUUAUUAAUCGUGUGAAAGUGAAGAAAAAAACUCAGGCUUUUUAUGAAAGGAUGAUCAAUUAGCAGUGCCAGCUUUAUAAAUAAAGCUCUAACACAUUUCCAUUUUUCAUGCCAACUCUGUGUAUAACUCCGAAGUUAAAGUUUCUGCCUCAUAAAUAGAUGUUAAAGACUUUUUAUCUUUGAGGUUAGAUGAGAACAUCUCAGUGAGACAGCUCACAUGGAAAACUUGAUGUCCUGUCAACAUCAUUCUGACUUUUGCAAACGUAUGCAAAUGUGUCUAAAAUAUCAAACUCACUCUCACCCAGAGUGGUUCUUUUCUGGGUUGCAUGACGUCAACUAUGAAUAAAAAAAAUAUGAUGUACUAUAUAACUAAUUCCAUCUACGUCUGACAGUGACGCUACCCUGCGCCACUGAGGCAGCUGUUGAUACAGAGAGAGAGAGGGAAAAGAGAGAGGCAGAUCACUUCCCAAAUGCUCAUUUUUAGCCGGCUUGUUUGGGCACAGCGCGCCAGAGCUGACGAGCUGAGCACAGAGUUUUUGACACAAUGGUGUCAUACUGGAGACUGUGAUGUUCGGCUCGCACAAGUGAAAAGCAUCGCACCUGCUGGCAACAUGCAGACUGAGACACAAACAGACUGUUAUCAAAUCUGCGUCGCAAUUAGCGUGUUUGGGGAUGCUGCAAGUGCUAAUGACACAUUUGCCUUACAAUGUUUCAUUUAGAGCCUGUCAGGGGAGAUGGCAUGUUGAAUUUUCUGGACCUGGUUGGAAAUGCUACCCAGUUAUCAUGUAUGCUGUCUCAUUAAAAUCCUUCAGCACUUUAGUUUAACUCUAGCAGAUCAUAUUCUGUCAGAGACUUGAACUAGAGCUAAGUAGCUGCAGUACUUGGAAGCAGGAAGGAAGGUGAGGCCAGUCUGCCAUCAGAUCUAAACUUAGCUUCUGCGUAAUGUCAGAGUGGUUGUCUUGAGGGUUUUAUGUCUCCUCUUAGCUCCUGUUCUUUGAAAUUAUUUAACAGAUGGGAGCGUCACUAUUUCCGAUGCCAUGCUGUGUCAGUGUUCAGAUGAAGCCUCCUUUUAAAUGUUUAACUCUUUUUCUGAAACGUGCAGCGGGGUUGGCGAAUAAACAUGCUUUAAUUUAGCGGUGUAAUUCUGCUGGUGAAACCACACUAGUGUGGAUUUUACAAACACAGUGGGUCUCAUUACUUUGAUUUGCAAUGCUGUUUGUAGUGUAUGUAGUGAUAAACCUAAACCAAAUUAGCAACAGCUUUGUAUUUUAGGGUUUGAGCAUCUUCCAAGUCUUAGUUUUGGUUGCAUGGUUAAAUUUUUUUUGUUUUUAAAGUUUAGUGCAGAGUCUCUUACAACCCUUGAACUGUUCCAGCUAAAUGUAUGCAGGGAAAAUGUUAGCGACUAACAACUAACCACUGGAUAGAACUGUGGUAAACGGAUUGUAUAUCACACUUGUGUUCAUUGGGUAACUGGAAAUAUGACCUGUAGCCUAAAAUUCUUCUAGGGAUGAAGGCCAAACAAAUUAGCUGCUAGCUUUUUGGUUUCAUGCCUUACAGCUUUCACUUUUAUGUUUUAAUGUCAAGAAAACCCUGACUAUAAAACCGCUAUAUGCUGGCUGUCGACACCCAACUAUGUCAAGGGGAAGUAGGUAACUAUUAGCAAAUGAUAAAGCAGACCAGAAGUAAAAGACUUGUGUCUAUUGAUACUUAGCUUUAAUGCUAAUGCUUCCUUGUGUUAGCCUGGUUUGUAAAAUAAAUGCACUGUUCAGUGGCCAGUUAGCAAAGCUGGUUAGCGACUUUUUGAUCUAUACAAUGAUUAGACUUCAUCUGCUGCUCCCAAAGCACCUUGUAAAGUAUUAUGAGACUUAUAUGGGUCUGCUAUAAAGAAUAUUAGGUCUGAUAUUAUGUGUGUAAUGGGCUGGCAAUUAUGUGACUGACAUUUUUGUUAGGUACUCUUGUAUCAUAAUAUUGCAUCACGUUUGUGCGCAACUGACCGUUAAUGUGAUUCCCAAACUCGUAUUUUGGGAGUAGUUAUUAACAAGACAUUACUUUACUCGACACUUGUUGUCACGUUUGCAAUAAAACAAAGACAUACAGCGUAGUUUGUACGAGCCAAUGGCGACUUAUUUCCCGUGCUUUCUCAGCAGCUAAGUAUGUUGUAAAUUAACAGUAAUAUAUGUCUGAGGGUGAUCUUCCCGGGGUUCAAUUGCAGCACUAAAAAGUAAACAAACACAGAUUAGAUUUUUUUUAAUGCUCCCACUUGACUGGCAUUUUAGAAGUUGUGUAGGGAUAAGUAAUAUCCUUCACCUCCACCUCAACAUUCAGGAGGUUUUAUGAGUCAAGGCUGGUGUCUCUGUUGGUUACUGUUCAGGGGAAGGUCAUAAACGGGCGAUUUAUGUGCCGAGUGCAGCCAGGAAUGCUGAUGCUAUACUGUCAGGGAGCAGAGAUACUGUCUGCUUUGACUUCACAUUUAAUGGAAACUGUAAAGUUCAAAACUGCAUGUCCUCACUCAUGCUCUUUACAGUGUGUGUUCAGGGGGGAGAAGAAGCUGAAAUAACUGGCAGAGAGAAGAUAUACAGGGUUGCAUAAUGGGACAGAUGGAAGAUAAAUUAGGUCCUUGUGACACUAAAAGCAGGUUUCACACUUUCAGCGUCUUACAUCACAUUUCAGUUCUAAUUUGGGGUCUAAGUGCACCAAAGUGCUGCGAGCGCUUAAGUUCACGGUCGUGGUGAAAAACAAACACUUCAUUAGCUCUCAGUCUUCAUGUGGGGCGUACACUUAUUAAAAUAUUAUUCAAUCCAAACACACACCUUGCACCACAAUCUUACAACACUCCCUCAUCUUAUCGAUUACUGCGCCACCUACUUUCAUUCUCAGCAGUUAUCUGGACUUUAAGGCUGCCAUUGUUAAGUUAUGGGCAUUUUAAUUGCCAUGGACAGGGGUCCAUUAGCAUUGCUUCUUGGGUGGCCAUGGCCAUGUUUCUCUGAAUCAUUAAGCUAAUUAUACAAGCUAAUUAAUCAGUAUGCUAGGAAUGGGCUGUGUGAGCAGACACCACUCUUUGUUGGCUUGCAUAAUGCAAGGAGUCCAUUUUUAGAUAGGCGAGUGGAGGGAGGGGAAACUUUGAUCUGGAAAGUAAACAUGAUUUUUGCAUAUCAUAGCAAAGACGGAAAAAAAGGAGCAUUAUGGAUGCAAAAAGUCAAGCUGGAUCCACAUUUGUGGGGCUUUGAAGAUGCAGGUUACUGCAUGUGGAGGGUAGAUAAAACAGGUAGUGUUGCGCACAGUGACCACAUCCAAUUAUCAGUGUCAUUGAAGACAAACAGAUAGCGAUCUGUCAUUUACAGGUGCCUCUGAUGUUUGAAGACAAAAAUCUGCCAUUCUUGAAAUGGACUUGCUUUUCCUAACAAAUGAGAGACCUGCCAGUGUCUCCUCAUGAACGAGGAGGAACUAGAUACCUCCCUGACAUCCUUUCACGUCCCUUGCUACCCCAUUAUUUCCCAAUCAUCACUCUGAUCCCGAGGCUUGACAUAAUCAAUUAACAUCCAACGUAUGUGUGCAGUAUGCUUUCACUUGAUGUGUGUACGUGUAUCAGUGAGUGCGCGUCUUCGCCAUGCAUGCAUUCAUGCUUUCUUGCGCACAUUUAAGGGUGUGUGAGAGUGAGUCGCUGUCAGAAAUUAUUACUUACACGCAGACACAGGCAAACAUCCUGCUACCCUGUCUUCAGUGUGUGGUGGAGACGCUGUCAGCAUUCAAGUAGGGGGUCUAUUUUUAGCCUUCCCUCAUUAUGCACAACUGAAAAUCACCUCCUCAAAGUACAUGAAGCAUGUUUACGAAACCUAAUGGGACUAUGCUGAUAAUGCAGCAGUGCGAAGUGGCUACUGUGUGUGUUUUUAUUCGCUCCUCUACACUCUCCUCUAUGUGCGAUUAUGUAUGCAAACUGAGCAUUUAUCCACAGAGCCGUGAACCAAGUGUUAAGUUGCGAAUGGUAUCACACAUCUUGACCCCCCUCUCUCUCUCUCUUUGUCUCUUCAGGGAGAUUCUGAGGAGUUCUCUUCUUUCAUCACUCUGGUCCGAGGCAGCAAUCGCAAUCAAUUAUUCCAAACAGGUAAGACCUAUACCUUAUUACACUGAGUAAAAGGCGGCCUUGAAAUUGCAUUGUUUGAUAAAACACUCCAUCUUUGACUAUAACCUAUGACCAAAACGCCAAUUCAAAUGUCAGUGCAGCCACAGGAAUCCACAAUUUAAUAACGUCAAUCCAUAGAAAUCAAAUCAGAGGUCAAACCAGUGGAUGCUGUUAGUAUGGAUGAAUGAAUGGAUGAAUUUAUGUCUGAACAUGAUCUAUUGUUCAGCCUCAGUGAACUGGUUUCUUGUCUGCCUCGACUCUAUUCAACCAGCUUUGGGGAAUUUGCUUUCCAAAACAUUUUUCAAGACAGAGGCGCUCCAGAGGGGUGGCCAGGGGUGGAACUGCCCCCACUUGAAAGCAGAUGGCUGCACAAGAUGCCAUCCCAAAAUCUUAAAUCAUGAUUGGCUAUUUGUCAUGUCAGAGGUGGAGGACUGAUGUGAAGAGUUAGGCAGCCAAAGGCCUUACCGCUGUGAUGGGAAAUAAUGACACCGCUACACUUCCAGACACCUCAGUGGACAAGUCAAACAUGAUCCCCAGACUUAAAGGGAUAUUCCGGCGUAAAAUUACGUUAGGGUCAAACACACCAUAACACUGAGUUAGACACCCUGUCGAGAGAUGAAUGUUGCUGAUUGCUUGCUUCUCUAGUAAUACCAACUUUCGUAACGACAGCAGAUAGCAAUACACAGAGCCAUACACUCAACCAAUGAUGGAAUACCCCUUUAAACAGCAACAGAGUACACCUAAUCUUGUCUACUACCUAUGUGCGAAGCAUACAUUUGCAACUGUAGAACUACAUUGAAGAGAAUAAUUCACUAUAGACCUGUGGAUGAAACUACAUUGAAGAAGCUGCACAUAUUUGAUUUUUUAUCCUAUGAGUACUUGACACAGAAAGAGGAAAUUCAUGUGUUUGCACGUGUAAUUCAUGCCGCCUCUGCAUGAAUCACUGCCUCAGCCAGGUUGCCCUGGUCAGAAAAGUCUGGACACGCUCCCAGCUGUAGAGAAAGGAAUGAUUUUUUACAAGUUCAAAUGCUGAAAAAUGACUAAAAGAUCAGCCCAGGUAAUUCAAUUAGAUGCCUACUCGACUGGACUGUUCAUUUUACAUCUGGUGUUGCUCUUUAACACAUUAUGUCACACAUAAAGCAUGCUAAUGGUGCCCUCUGGAGUACAAAAUUCUCCACUGCCGCUUCUGCUCAUCUGCUGUUUGUAGAGGAGCUCUGUUUUCACAUUAGGACUGUGUAGCUGCCGUGUCGAUUCACACUUCUCACGGCAGUUAAAUAGACGGAGGACUGACGGCUGCUUUUAGCACAUUUUGGAAGCCCACAUGCGAACACACUCACACAUACAGCAAGGCUUUCUGAGGAAAACAGAAACAAGCUGGUGGCAGGAGGUGGCCCAAAUGAAAACACACUCAAAUCUCCAGAAUCAUCCGUCAAUAUAAUACUGUCAGGAGAUUAUAUUGAUCUAGUUUUUGUCACGUACUUCAUACUAAACUCACUUUUUUUGACUAUGAAUGCCAAACUUUACUGCAAAAUUCAACAUAUCUCCAGUUAAACACAAUACUCCAAGUGCGGUCUCUCUCUCUCUCUCUCUUUUUCUCUCAGAAUGAACAUAAUCAGACUUAUAAUGCAAUAAAGACAGCUCAUAUCUUUUGGAAACAGAGAGUUACCCUUUUUCACAGUGCUGGUUUUCAGAUCAAUGAGCAGUGCAGUGUUUUUCCCCAGAAGACUAGCGGGUGCAGCCGUAAUUGGAGCGUUUGUGCUGCAGCGAGUUCCUGCUCCCCAGGCAGAGACCAGCGUGCACCAGAACAUUUCUAUACAGGUCCAUAGGAUUUCCAAUGAAUUUAUCAAACACCUGCGAGGGAAGUUUUGAAGUAUGCUAUUUUUAAAAUCAACCCCUGGUAGGCCUAUUCAAAACCCAGCCUGUUGUAAUUGGGACAAGGCCCUCUCUUUUACUCCUCAUCCUCACCUCCAGGUUCCAAUUUAUUCCCGAGUGUGUUCAAUAGAUGAGUAAAAGCGCUACUAGGUGAUGUGGCUUUUCACUCUCAGCAUUUCACACGUAUGCUGCCCUCCGCCCCUGUUGGCAAUUACCGUGAAAAACUGUGAAAAUGUAUUCAAGGCUCAGGUGGCAAAGUGAUUCAAAUCAAAGAUGACAGCGACGGACGUGGCUUCAGAGGAAAGGCCGGACAAAAACAGCUAAACACAGACAUGCCAGUUAGACCAAGUUUGUGUGAGAAGAAUUGCAAAUGACAGAUGCAAAACUGUCGCCAUGUUAGAGCUCAUUUAAGUGUCCUGUUCGAGAACCAUUAAGGCAUUAAAAUUGUAUUGAAACUGCUGUUCUUCCUCACAGAAAAAGACUCGAUAAAUGAUGUUGUAGUGCGUUAAAGUGAUGAUAGUUGGUAGGGAGGUGCCGGCACGACACGACUGUCAGAUGGAGUUGAGUAAGAGUCGCAGAUGACCUGAGUUAUCACUCUGAAAUGCAAGAUACUGGAAUCGUAAGCGUGAUUAGCUAUGAAAAGGUCGUAUCCACCGAUCAUAGCUGCAGAUCGCCAGACUCCGCAGCUGAUUGCAAGAGUUCUAUUUAUUCCUGGACGCCGGAGCAUGCCGGAUAAAUUCAGCACAGUGCUCGAAAAAAAGUCGGGCACAGACACAAAAUAAAACAUCCAGCUUCUUUUCAAAAUAAAACAGUGUUUUUCACUGAACGUAUUUCAAACCGUGCAAACGGGCAGAGACGAACAAGUGAUAGGUUUUUAGACAGCAUUUCACCCCUAUGACACCAUGGAUGAGGAGAUGCUGAUUUUAGAAGUCUAGAGGUGGAGUUCCUCCCCUGGAAGGACACAAUCUACUGCUUUUAUGGUUAGCAUAUGUGGCUGUCUUUAUAGGGACAACUUGUUAUCAUGCGAUUCCACAUGAACCCACGGGUUCUUGUGAGUUCUCACGAUUACCGCUGUCUGUAAUACGCCACGAAAUUCGCCUCACCAACAGAUUCGGUAGGAACUGGCGGAUGGCGAAAAUUGCUGCCGUUCCAGUUCAGAGCCGUUCUGGAUGCAGUGAAAAAUGGGGGUAAGACUUUACAGCUCAAGAAUAUACAGUAAAUAUACAACAAUCCUCACCUGUUGGUUAGGCUUCAGGUGAACAUUUUGUCAAAGUUCAUGUGUUAGAAGAAAAAAACGGCAAGCAUAAGGAUGUGAGUAACUUUGACAAGGGCAAAACUGUGCUGGCCAGAUGACUGGGUCAUAGCAUCUCCAAAACUACAGCCCUCCAGGGUAGACCCCCAUCUGCAGGGGUCAACACGACCUACCAAAAGCAGACUGAGAAAAUAAAACUACUGAACCGGAGUGAGGGCCACGAACAGCUAAGGCUCACUGAUGUGUGUGGGGAGUGAAAGCGACAGAAAAGCUCAAGCUGGUGAAAAAAGCUUAUGCAGGUGUGGAUAGAAAGGUGUCAGAACAAACAAUCCCAAUGUCAUGGGCGUUUGUUGUGUUGAGAAAAGGCCUUGCAGUACGUUAUGUAACCUCUAACCCACCCUGCUACUUCCAAGGGUCAGGCUGCCCAAUCUGAUUGUGCUUUCAUGCUUCUUAAAUUAGAUACACUGUGUUAUGGCUAGCACCAAGUGUGUGUUUGUGUGCAAGUGUUCAUCUGAGCGUGUGUUGUGGGCCAGCCCUGGCUGCGAUGAUUUAUUAUACCGCUUGAAGGGACUUGUACUUUCAUGAGGUCACAUGAGUAACAUGGCAGCCAGGCAUAGCACACUGUUCUCUUUUGGCCCUGCCGGCGACAGGGAGGCAUGCCAACAAAGCUACAACAGACUCCAGUUUGCUCAUAUGCAGGUACACAGCUAAGUAUAUAUGCAUUGUACACAUGUCCCAGACAGACGCACACACAAGCAAAAUCAAAUACUGUAAUCCGGGCUUAAUACUGCUUUAUCACCUGAACAGGAGGCAAACCUUAUGCAAAUGCAGAUUUAAGCUAUUCCAAAGGCACGUCAGAUUUGGGCUCUUCUUUAAUGUGUCUUUAGAGAGGUUAAGUCUAUGCAAAUGAAGCCUCAUGAGUUUGAAAAUGCUGGGAUUUGAUUUUAAUAACACUUGGAAGAAGCCACAGAGAUGCAGAUGGAGACUUUAAAGACUGACCUUGAUGGUUGGUUUUGGCUCAUAUUUUACCUGAGGGCAGCUACAGACGUUAUUUUGUUUUUUUCAGAAUAUUUGAAGGAGCAACUAAAGAAAAUUAGUGAGUUUGCAUCUUUUAAUGUGUCAAAUAAGGGUCAUUUAAAAUGAAAUGAGGUGGAUAAACCACAGGGGCAUAUUGCAUUCACUUACAAAACAAAAAAAGGAAACUGUUUUUUUAAGUAUUUUUUUUUAUUUUUGGACAAUUUUUUAUUAUUUUUUUUGUAGUAUUUUUUGUGCUUUUCCUGACAAAUUUUUAUUCCAUUUUUUUAAAAUAUUUUUUUGUCUCUCUGUUUUUUAGACAAUUUUUUACUCUGUUUUUUUUUUUUUUUUUUUUUACUUUUUUUUCUUCUUUCUGUUUUUCUGACUAUUUAUUAUUAUUAUUAUUUUAUCUCUUACUAUUAUUUUCCGUCUUUCAUUUUUUGGACUAUUUUUUCUUCUCUCUGUUUUUCUACAUUUUUUGGGACUAAUAUUUUUUCCCUUCUCUCUGUUUUUCGGGCAAAUUUUUAUUCUGUUUUUUGUAGUAUUUUUUUUCCUCUUUCUGUUUUUCUGAGAAAUGUUAUUGUUUUUUGUUUAACAAUUGUUUUGUCUUUCUGUUUGUCAGACUAUUUUGUAUUCAUUUUUUUUUUUUCGUCUACUGCUUUUUGGACUAUUUUUUCCCCUAACUAAUCGAGAUACUUCAAAAUCCUGCGAGAAUCUCAAACAAUCAGAUAACCACAGCGGCUGAUCCAAAUCAGCGGAUUCUCCAGUCACUAGAUAACUUUGACUACGGGGUCAGUGAGAGUAAAGCGUGUUAUUAGUCAAACAUAGAGUAUGCAAAUACUGAGGUGCCUGCGCAAAGUAGACAAACAUAUGACGAUUCCAUCUAUCUGACUUAAAGAAAGGAGUAUCUCCCAGUGUCUUAAACCCAAAAGACAAUAAAACUUGAUUAAAGUAAACAAGUGGGCCAUGUUUGCUUUAUUUUUUCUCUAUUAGUUCUUUGGAAUGAAGCCUGACUGAUUUCUGUAUUUCCUCACAGGUGGGGGCAAAGGGGGCAGUUAGUUUCGAGUGGUGUGUCGGCGAGGUCAAACAGCAGCAACGGGCAGCAUGUUGGCACCUGCGUGAACCCAGCAGUGAAGCCUCAUUUCUCGGUGAGUUGGACAAGUCUUCUCUUAACUUCAACAAACCGCACACAGAGCAGCUGUUCUCCUCAGACAAG